AUGACGGCAAAAACGCGGGGAGCCACUGAGCCAAAAGCAAAAAAAUAUCAAUCGACUGUCGAGUUUACAUCCGCUCGCGUAGGUAGCUUGGCGAUUGCGGAGCACUGCAGUAUAAAGACAGAAUCUUGCACUCAUUUCCCAGGGUUUGAUGUGACAGAUACUCAUGGUGGUGUCUGA